AAUAACAUAACGUGAUGGCGUUCUGUCAAAGUGAAUUGUGAGCUGUGUAUAGUUUUGUUGAAGGUGUUUUGAGGUGUAAUAAUGACUCAUUAAUAUUCAUAGUAUGCAAAUAAUAACAGUAUUAAGUUAAGUCAGAGCACAAUAGUUAUUUUUCUUAUUUGAGUAGAAUGACUGAUGAACACGGGGCGUUGUUUAGUGACGAGGAAGAUGAAUCAGAUAACGGUUAUCACGUUCCUGAAAUGCAAGGAGUGCUCAGCAAGUGGACAAAUUAUAUUCAUGGAUGGCAGAGCCGGUUCAUAGUUCUCAAAGAUGGAACACUUUCUUAUUACAAGUCACAGCAGGACACAGGCUUUGGCUGCAGAGGAUCAAUUAGCCUAUUUAAAGCUACCAUUAAGCCUCAUGAAUUUGAUGAAUGCAGAUUUGAUGUAUCCGUCAAUGAUUGUGUUUGGUAUUUACGAGGAGAAACGCCAGAAGAUAAACAGCGGUGGGUGGAAGUUCUUGAGAGUUACAAGACUGAAUCUGGCUACGGAAGUGAAAACAACCUUAAACGCCACGGAAGUGCCAUUUCUCUGACAUCUAAUACCUUGUCUGCAGCAUCUGCAUCAAGUUUCAAAAAAGGACGAGGGUUGAGAGAAAAGCUGGCAGAAAUGGAAACCUUUAGAGAUAUCCUGUGUCGCCAGAUUGAAACUUUGCAGAGCUACUUCGACGCAUGUUCCCAAGCUGCUACUGUCAUAAAACAGAGUGCAGUUGAUGCUAGUACUACCAAGAACAAGGAUGCUUCAGGAGCCACUCAAAGUAUGGACGUAGAUGAUGAUGAAGAUCUUGAUAAAAAUUAUCCAGCUUUCUCCCAGCCGCGCGUCACGAAGGAGAUGAUCCUGGAGCACGGGCUGCAAGCCGUGGACUUCAAGGGCGAGGCGCUGACGUUCAAGGCCACGACUGCGGGUGUGCUGGACACUCUGCAGCACUGCCUGGAGCUGGUGAUGCAGCGCGAGGACGUGUGGAGGCGGCGGCUGGAGAAGGAGGCGGAGCGUCGCCGCAGGGUAGAGGACCUGUACCGCGCGUCUCGCCGCGAGGUCGCCAGCAGCAGCCGCCUCGUCAUCCACGGCAGUCCCGAUUUCGAGGAGGGUCCACAUAAUACCCUUAAUGACGAGGAGUUCUACGAUGCCGUUGAGAGUGGUCUCGACAAGAUUGAAGAAGAUGUCGAGUUCCGAGAAAGACUGAAACACAAACAGAGCAGUUCGAGGUCUCUUUCCAAAGCUUCCCAACACCGACUAUGGUCACAGAUUGACAGGGUGACGACGGAGCAGCUUCACUAUGCUCUGCUCGGGGUCGGUGAGGGCGGCUGGCAGUUGUUUGCGGAGGAUGGGGAGAUGAAGAUGUACAAACGAGAGGAAGAGGUGGACGGGAUGGUCAUGGAUCCUCUAAAAGCAUGUCAUGUCGUGAAAGGCGUGACUGGCCACGAGAUGUGCCAUUAUUUCUUCUCGCCUGAUGUCCGUCUCGAGUGGGAAACGACCGUGGAGCAAAUGACUGUCCUGGAAACGAUAGCCGAAGACACGCUCGUCUUCUUGCAAGUGCACAAGCGCAUCUGGCCAACGUCCCAGCGAGAUGCUCUAUUUUGGUCUCACGUUCGCAAAGUGCCAAACGACAAGGACCAAGAUGGCCACGACAUAUGGAUAGUGUGCAACCACUCCACAGAUGAUCCCGACUUUCCGGCCAAUACUGGGAAGUGCAUACGUGUGUACCUGACAGUGUGCCUAGUCUGCCAGACCUUCAUAGAUCCGCCCAAAGAUGGAACUGAAAUUGCAAGAGAAAACUUAAAGUGCAAAAUCACAUACUGUUCAGUAGUGAACCCUGGUGGAUGGGCGCCGGCAUCCGUGUUACGUGCUGUGUAUAAAAGGGAAUACCCCAAGUUCCUCAAACGCUUCACAUCAUACGUCAUUGAACAGUGUAAGAACAAGCCCAUCAUGUUUUGAUCCCACUAUACCACACCAAGACUGCAACGGAAGAGUUAUUUUUAAAACAAAUUGGAAGGGAUUACUGUUGUAAAGUUGUUGUGUAACCCAUUGUAAAUUGUCAAGAUUGUAUUUAGAUUUAAUAUUGUAGAAAUUUUUGUUAGUACUUCAAUAUAUAUUGUUGACUAUCGUAGAUGUAUUGCCAUGAAUGCUGUUUAUGAAUGUUGUAGAAAAUCAUGUAAUUUUCUAUGAGGAUGUUAAGUUUGUGUGCCUUGAAUAUAUUUGUAGCUUGCCCUUAUUUUUCAACUUGAAACAUUUAUUUUUUUGUUUGAUAAUGUACAUGGUUUGAAUAAAUAUAUACAUGAAA